AUAAAAAAAAAUUAAUUUCACUUCUUCCUCUUCCUCUUCUUCUCAUUACUACCUUUUGUGUCCUCUAUUGCUUAUCCAUUUUGAUUUCUAUACACAAAUACAAUUCAUUUCAAUUCAAUUGAACUCAAUUAACAACCUCAAGUUAAAAUAAUAAAAAAAUAAUCAACGAAUAACAUGCCCACAAUUCUCAAGCACCAACCUCGUCGAGUUCUUGCAGUCAAUCUUGACCAGACUCUGUCACACACCCUCGAAGCCCUCGUUAAAUGGCACAACGACACCUAUAGCACUCACCUGACAAUUGAGGACUUUGAUACCUAUGACUUUGCCGCAGUCUGGGGCGGGUCUCAGGAAUCUACAUGCGAUAAGAUCCGUGCGUUUUACGACUCUGAAUACUUUGAACGCAUUCCACCGAUCCAAGACUUUGCGCUCGAGGCCCUAAAGAUGUUCAAGAAGCGUAAAUUUACACUGGUAAUCAUUACCUCUCGUCAGCAAUUCGUUGCUGCUCAAACCAAACAGUUUGUUGAUCGCCACUAUCCAGGUCUAUUCGAAAGCAUUUACUUUUGUAAUCUUGGUCUUUCCAAUGCUGAGCAAUUAGAAUACGUUUCAAAAUCAAAGGCCACAAUCUGUAAAGAAGUUGGCGUAGAUGUCUUAAUUGAUGAUUCCCUUGAUCACGCACUGGACUGUGCCCAACUCGGGAUCAAGGUGCUUCUGUAUGACCGCAAGGGGCAGUACACCUGGAACCACCUGGAACCCAACACACAAGCAUCAGCAGCAUCAGCAGCAUCACCGGUAGAAGUAGAAGGACGACAUUCGACAAACUCUCGCUUGACUCUGACGUCAACAUCGCGGAAACUCUACCCGCCUACAAAGACAACCGUGCGAGCGCUACCAUCCAACGUGAAACGUGUGACUAGUUGGAAGGACAUCUUGGCCCAGCUUCCAAAACCGCGCAGUCCACUUUCGGCCUGCUACUUCCCUGAAGACUUUGAGUGCAAUGCUAAUGCGGAAUCCGAAGAGUCAGAAGUGUCAGAAUAUGAAGAAGAUUUCUACGAUGGGUCUACCUUUGUGGACCAAAGCAACCAAGGCUACGAGACAAUUGAAAUCGAUGAACUGACCGAAGAUGAGCUAGAAGAUGAAGAUGAAGAUGAAAUUUCUCAAGCCAAACAUCUUUACGCCGAUGACUCUUGGAACGACACCAUUGUUUGGGCUUAAGAAAGAAAGAAAGAAAGAAGAAAUAUAUAUAUAUACUAUACUAUACAUACAUACAUGCAUACAUACAUACAUACAAAUUUUAUUGUUGUUACUCUUUAUUGAAUUAUUUAGUUAGUGAAGUCAAUUGGUUAGUUAAAAACCAACUUCUUUAACAUGUACAUUUUACCCAUCUUUUUUUUACUUUAAAAAAAAAUCAUUUUAUUUUUGUAUUAUUUUCCUUUUUUUCUUUUCAUUCGUCUGCUUCUUUGAUUCAAUUUUUCUGUAAUACAUAAAAAUCCAAAAAAAAAUAAUCCAAUUUUGUGUUUCACUCAACGGUUGGCCUGUAACAUGUGUGACACUAAAAUCCCAAUGACUAUCUUUUUCUUUCUUUCUUUCGUUCCUUUCUUGUAUAUAAAAAAAAGUAAUAUAUAAUAUGAUAUAAUAUAAAAGUCACUUUUUUAUAUAUAUAUCUAUAUAAAUAAAUAAAAUAUGUAUUUUGUUGUUGUGGGACUACUCUGCCAAAAAUAAUAAAAUAAAAGCGCCUUACCAAACAUUACAUUGUUACCCGUU